GAUCUAACCUGCGUGGGCCGAGUGGUAUCAUCACCUCCCCUAACUAUCCCGUGCAGUAUGAAGACAAUGCUCACUGUGUAUGGGUCAUCACGACCACUGAUCCAGACAAGGUCAUCAAGCUCGCUUUUGAGGAGUUUGAGCUGGAAAGAGGGUACGACACCCUGACAGUUGGAGACGCUGGGAAGGUGGGGGACACCAGAUCCGUGUUGUAUGUGCUCACAGGCUCCAGUGUCCCUGACCUCAUCGUGAGCAUGAGCAACCAGAUGUGGCUGCACCUGCAGUCAGACGACAGCAUCGGCUCUCCAGGGUUUAAGGCUGUGUACCAAGAAAUUGAGAAGGGAGGCUGUGGGGACCCUGGCAUCCCAGCCUACGGGAAGCGAACUGGCAGCAGCUUCCUACACGGAGACACGCUGACCUUUGAGUGUCAGGCGGCUUUCGAGCUGGUGGGAGAGAGAGUCAUCAUGUGCCAGAAGAACAACCAGUGGUCAGGCAACAAGCCGAGCUGCGUGUUUUCGUGUUUCUUCAACUUCACGGCAUCCUCCGGGAUUAUUCUCUCACCAAACUACCCUGAGGAAUACGGCAACAACAUGAACUGUGUCUGGCUGAUCAUAUCUGAGCCUGGAAGCCGGAUUCACCUCAUCUUCAAUGAUUUUGACGUGGAGCCUCAGUUUGACUUCCUGGCUGUCAAAGAUGAUGGAAUUUCUGACAUCACGGUCCUCGGAACGUUCUCUGGCAACGAGGUGCCUGCACAGCUGGCCAGCAGUGGACACGUAGUACGGCUGGAGUUUCAAUCCGAUCACUCCACAACGGGCAGAGGGUUCAACAUCACAUACACCACGUUUGGUCAGAAUGAGUGCCACGACCCUGGCAUUCCUGUGAAUGGCCGGCGAUUUGGAGACAGGUUUCUGCUGGGAAGUUCUGUGUCCUUCCACUGUGACGACGGCUUCGUGAAGACCCAGGGUUCUGAGUCCAUCACCUGUAUCCUGCAAGAUGGGAAUGUGGUCUGGAGCUCUACUGUCCCUCGCUGUGAAGCUCCAUGUGGUGGGCACCUGACGGCUUCUAGUGGGGUCAUCUUACCUCCAGGAUGGCCAGGAUAUUACAAAGAUUCUUUAAAUUGUGAAUGGAUCAUUGAAGCAAAGCCGGGACAUUCCAUCAAAAUAACAUUUGACAGGUUCCAGACAGAAGUCAAUUACGAUACCCUGGAAGUACGGGAUGGGCCAGCCAGUUCAUCCCCACUGAUCGGAGAGUACCAUGGCACGCAGGCACCACAGUUCCUCAUCAGCACAGGCAACUAUAUGUACCUGCUCUUCACCACCGACAGCAGCCGGUCUAACGUUGGCUUCCUCAUCCACUAUGAGAGUGUAACUCUUGAAUCUGACUCCUGCCUGGACCCGGGCAUCCCUGUAAAUGGUCAUCGGCACGGUAGUAACUUCGGUAUUAGAUCCACGGUGACCUUCAGCUGUGACCCCGGCUACACAAUAAGUGACGAUGAGCCUCUGAUCUGUGAGAAGAACCAUCAGUGGAACCAUGCCCUGCCCAGCUGUGAUGUUUUCCACUAA